AUGACCUCCAUAGAGUUGGCACCACGUGGCGCAAAAAUGAAGGCUUUGGAGAAUGCAGAGCAUCAGCGCAUCAAAUCCGAGUCAGAUGCGAGUGAACAUGAUAGCUUUAGUGAAGCAGAUAAGAAAGGAAGUCUUACAAGUCAAGUGUGCACAGCGUCCCAUUAUCGGCGGCCAAGCAAACUUCGUCGCACUUUUGCCAUGCAAGAUGUCAACAUCAUAUUACCAGACUCUGAACAUGAGCCUGAGCAGAGUGAUGUUGACUCGGAUGAUGCUCAGCGCAAUGUCCAUGCAGGUGCUGACUGUGACAGUGACAGUGACAGUAAUGCAGGUCUCAAUGAUGAGUUCGAAGAAGAUGAAGACUUAGAUGCAGCUGCGAGUAUGCUUUCAGAUGAGACUCCAACCUGGGGUGAUAUUGAUGAUGCUGUUUCAGAGUCCAUUGAAAGUAUGACUAGUACUGGUGGUGAAUUGUCAAUUUCCUCCGAGUCUGACAACGAAGGUGCUGUCAACCCAAAACUUGUCCGAGCCCCUGCAAAAAGGAGUGUUGCCUUGCUUGUUCGAACCGAGAAAGGCAAAGUCAAACUUCUCGAUCAGAAUCUACAGACUCGCCAGGUCAUUCAAGCCGCAAUCUCUGAAGUCAAGUGCCAUGUGAUUUUUGUCCAUGGGUACCCCGAAUUAGUCGAAAAGAACCAGCUCUCGAUGCAAACUUUGUUGACCAUUGCCGAGAAACAUGGCAUGCACGCAAUCAAAGAACAUCUUCAAGUAGAUGAGCUGUAUGCUUUACAGCUCGGUGCCUUGGUCGAUGCAUGCAUCCCAAUAAUGCGCCACGAGCUGAAAUAUGAUGCUUGCACAAACGUUGAUGGCUACUUCCGCCUUGGGCACAAGGACUUUGCAAAGGCGAAAAAAAUGAUGGAAAAGCUAGUUUACAUUUAUGCGAUGAAGUUCGAUGUCAACAAUAAUGCCAUGCCCAUCAGGAACAGGCCCUAUCAGGGUGAACUCCUCGUGUUGUUAUCUAACCAGCUCUUUCAUAGCUCAAGGGCUGUUGGCAUGAAAUUUGCGUCAUGCUUUGUCGAAAUUGCCAAGAACAAGUUGAAGCGUCCCAAAAUUCCGAUACCCUUCCUCGCACUGGUGGCAACAGUGGUAGUUUAUUCCGCUCUUUUAUGGAAGUCGCUUGGUUCUCCAGGGAAGUUCAACUUCUCUGGAAACCAAUUCAGCAAAGUUUACAGCUACCACGUCAAGUCCCUCGAACAGCUGAAGCACAAUGCACCUGGAAAGUUCCAUUAUAUGAUGGCAGAUAUUUACGAGGCUGCACAUAAGUUGAAACACAAUGGCGCUACUGGGGAUCACAUCGAGCUGAAUGCCUUCGAACUGCUUGACCUUGAGGGUAUGGAGGAGGACUAGUGACGGGAAUCUGCUCUUUUGGUGUACCUAUGUGAUUCAAAGAUUGUCGAGACUCGCAGCAUUGAUUGAUAUGUCUCUAUUC